UUUAAAUGUUCUUCAUCCAACAGAGACAAACUGCUGGAGGAAAAUCAUUCAUCUGACAGCAAAGAUGCAGUGGAGUCUGAUUCUGCUCUUCCUGAUGGCUCAGUGUUGUUUCAAUAACUGUCAGCUCUAUCAGUUUCACUACAUUAAUCAGAAUAAGAACUGGACUGAAGCUCAGCAGUACUGCAGAGAGAAACACACUGACCUGGUCACAGUGACUAACAUGAAGGACAUGGAGAGACUCAAGAUCUCAGCUGGAGGUCAGAGUGAAGCUUGGAUUGGUCUGUAUGAUCCAACAGAUGGUACCAGAACAUGGUACUGGUCUCUGCCUGGAGUGGAGUUCAAUGAAACAAACUGGGCCAAAGGAGAACCAUCUGAUAAUGAAAAUCAAGGAAUAGUGAACUGUGUGACUGUGGAUAAAAAUCUCAGUUGGAUAGAAACCCAGUGCCAAAGUCCAAAUCAUUUCAUCUGCUACAAUGAGGAAAACGGCUUUCAAGAGACAAGAAGCAGCCUUCCAUUCCUCGAGGAAAAAGGAACCAGAUAGACAAACUGCUGGGGGAAAAUCAUUCAUCUGACAGCAAAGAUGCAGUGGAGUCUGAUUCUGCUCUUCCUGAUGGCUCAGUGUUGUUUCAUUGACUGUCAGCUCUAUCAGUUUCACUACAUUAAUCAGAAUAAGAACUGGACUGAAGCUCAGCAGUACUGCAGAGAGAAACACACUGACCUGGUCACAGUGACUAACAUGAAGGACAUGGAGAGACUCAUCAAGAUCUCAGCUGGAGGUCAGAGUGAAGCUUGGAUUGGUCUGUAUGAUCCAACAAACGGUACCAGAACAUGGUACUGGUCUCUGCCUGAAGUGGAGUUCAGUGAAAGUGAGACAAACUGGAACCCAGGAGAACCAAGUGAUAGAGGAAUUCAGGGAGUUGAGAACUGUGGGAUUCUGAAUGUAAAUUUGAAAUGGGCAGAUACAAGUUGUUACUAUUCAAGAUUCUUCCUCUGUUAUGACGGAACCAAUACAACCCAUAAAUAUCACCUGAUUAGAGAGAAGAAGACCCGGCAGGAAGCUCAGAGUUACUGCAGAGAGAAACACACAGACCUGAUCAGUGGAACGAAGCAACUAGAGGAUGAAGAAUUGAAGAAAGUGAUGAGGGAACUGUUAGGGUCAGACUCUGCAGACAAACCAGUACUAUACUUUGGUUUAUUCAGAGACACCUGGAGGUGGUCAGAUGGAAGCAGUUUCUCUUUCAGACACUGGAAUCUACAAUUUAACAAUCAGAUAAUCCACAGUGGUCAAUGCGCCAUGACUGUGUUUGAUGAUGGAGGCAAAUGGAGGAAUGAGAACUGCACUGAAAGAAAACCCUUCAUCUGUUAUGAAGAUAAAGUGAUCCUGAUCAAAGAAAACAAAACCUGGCUUGAGGCCUUGACCUACUGCAGAGAUCAUCAUGAUGACCUGGUCACCAUCACCAACAUGGAUGAUCAGAUAUUGAUCCAGGAGAAAGCUAAGGAGGCAUCGACUCCUUUUGUCUGGUUGGGUUUGUUCUUCAGCUGCUUGAAGAAUAAGUGGUUCUGGGUCUGUAAGAACAAUCCAAACUUAGAAAGACAGAUCAAUAAUUGUGGAAAAUCUGGAGCCAUGGAGGCAGGAGGAAAACACAUGUGGUUCCAAGGAAACAGCACAGAGAAGUUGAAUUUCUUCUGUCUUAAGCGUUAAGUUGUUCUUUUUCUGCUUGUGCUUUUUAAAAAUAGUUUAAGAACUUCGUUGAAGUUUACAUUUUAUUUCACCUAUGAUAAAAAAUUACGACUAGUAGAGAUUCAAACUAGAGGUUCUGCUCUGAACUUUGUUUCUGUUCAGUUUGUAAUUAGCUUGUACAUGAACACAUUUCUCUUUCUUUACUCCAGUUUUAUUUUACUGAAGACAAAAUGGCUCUUUGUGUUGUAAAGGUUGCAGAUCUCUGCUUUAUACUGAAAGCAAAUAUGAUGUUCAAAUUUAAUGCUAUUGAAUACUGAGGAAUUAUAUGUAAACUUCUCAUUUUGAACACAGUAAUAAAUACAUUUCUAAUGUU